AUGAGUUCAAGAGCACUCAGAAGAUUAGAACGAAGCAAAGGUUUGACGCCCGAGGUGGAGCUACAGGAAACAGAUACGUAUGAAGUACCUGCUGCCAAAAAAGCCAACGCUUUUGCACUCUUCAAUGGCUCCGAAGAGUCCGAACAAGAUGGUUCGGAUUCAGAGCCCGAAAUCGAGCCUGUUGUUGAGAAAAAAGAAUUGCCAAUUGAAUCAUCGAAAAGAAAUUCGAAGAAGUCUAAGAAAUCUGUGAAAUCUCCGACAGAUCUGGGAGAUGAUGACGAUCUAGACAAGUAUUUGGAGGAAGUCAGGAAAAGAGACCAGGAAAAGCUCGCAAAAAGCUCCAAAGUGGCUGUGAAUGACGAAGAAGAUGACGACCAAGAAGAAGAUCCGGAAUUGCCUUUCACAGAAACUGACCCGCCUAUUGCAUAUACUGAUGCUAACUACUUAUACUUCACUACGGAAAGACUCAAGAAGUGCAUGCACCUCUUGUCGGUGGGACUGGUGAAGAAUUUGGAUCCGGACACCGAGCUCAAAAACUUGUUUGGAAAUUUGUCCAUAGAAACGAUUGAGGAUGCUAACUCCACUACCUCCCUUGCCACAUCUCCCGAGGUCUUGGCUCAAUUCAAGAAGUUGGCUCGUCUUACCCGAGGCUGGGGCGGAAAAGAUCACCGGAGUGUCCCCGGAACAUCGAGGAAAUUGCUUCUCACCCGAAUCAAAGAUGAUUGGUUGCCCACAGCACAGAAGAUGCUUCUGAUGGAGGACUUCACCACACAAGAAGCUGUGGAAACAAAGUACUACAAGGAAGAGGACGCAGAAUUCUAUAUCAUUGAGCUGAAGGUAAAGAAGGAAGAGAAAUUGGGAAUCAAGUACUUUCAAUUUUCUAAACCAUUGAACAUCCAAGACAGAGUAGCCAACACUCGCUUCUAUGCAUCGGUAGUGAUAACCCCUAAUCCAGAUGAAUUGAUGAAGCUUCUACAGUCGUACCCAUACCAUGUUGAGAAUUUACUACAAGUUGCCAUGGUCAUGUUGAGACAGGGAAAUAACAAGGCCACCAGCAAUGCAUUGGUUGAAAAGGCUUUAUUUGUAUUUGAUAGAAGUUUUGGAAAGCGCUUCCAUGAGCUCUUGCAAAACGGUCUGACAGAGCUCAUCCGUCUUCCAUACGAGCGCUUCAUGAACAGACAGUUUUACUUGUCAUUGUUCAGAGUAAUUGUAGGACUUGGAGAGCGCUCGACCUUCUUCACGGCUUUGAGCUACUGUAAGUUUCUUUUGGCAUUGUCUCCAGCGGAAGAUCCCUUGGGUGUACGGUACUUCAUCGACCACUAUGCCAUUUUGAGUGAGGAGUACAAAUACCUCGUCGAUUUUGUCGAUUCUCCGUUGACACAGGUCUACAAGCAAUGGCUUACACCAGGCUUGGCUUUCUCAAAGGUUCUCGCCUUAUUAAGAUUGAAGAGGCAAGAAGAUGCCACAGCUGCAUUGAAACAGGCAGUGGAGUCUCAUCCAUUUUGCGCCUGCGAGUUGUUGCAGCGUGUGGCAAUAGCCGGGCACCUGUCAUUAAAACUGUCCGAUUUCGCUGCUUCUGAGACGAUAGCAUUGGCAGCUGAAACAUAUUUGGUACGCGCAUCGCUUCUUUGGAAGGAGCCAAGUGAAAUUGAAUUUCUUCACAAGGAAACGAUGAAACUUCUUGAACAGAAACUGGCCAACAAAUCAUGGCUUCUGAAAUGGUUGGGACUGAAGCAAGAAGAUAAAAGAGAUGCAGAAAUCCCAGUCAAUUUGCUACGCUUUGUCCUCUUGUCGGGUGAGAAUAAGGUGUUAGCUAAAGUUCCACAUAAGGUCUUUGACAUGGAGGAGACAAACGAGUAUGAUAUUUUACCUCCAAAGGACAAUUCCAUUCAGUAUGAUGUCUUCAACGGAGAGAGCAAGCGCUCCAUCACAGACCACCUUUUAAACUAUAUGGAUCACAAUCUACUCGGUGCCAUUGUUACUCAAGGCACUUCACAAUUUGAGGAUUUUUUGGAUGCACCACAAGAUGGAAACGAGGGAAUUGAGAAUUAG